AUGUCACAGAUCCUCCGAUUCCGCUCCACGUGGGGGGUUGACACAGGUGAUAACUACGAGAACUGGCGGAAAUGGCUUCCGACUUUGAAAGACCAAGGCUACGUGGGAAUCGAAGUUGACAUAGCUCCUCUACCGAACAUCUCUACAAUCCGUCAGCUUUGCGAUGCAGUCGGCCUAGAAAUCUGUGUUAUGAUCCAUUCUAAAUGGCCCUGUUAUGCAGGCCCAAAGCCGGUGGGCCUGACCCCAACAGAUCAUCUUACGAACUAUCGAGCCCAGCUCGAGAUCGCCAAGACGCUUAAGCCGUUCAAGAUUAAUGCACACUCCGGCGAUGACGGGUGGUCGAUCAACCAGGCUGUGGAAUUCUUCACGGGCACUCUCGCCAUCGAUGCCGAGCUCGGCCUGGCCGGCAUGGUGAGCCACGAAACUCAUAGAAACCGGGCCUUUUUCAGCCCCUACUCCACCGCAGCAGUCUUAAAAAGAGUCCCAAGUCUGCAAGUCACAGCCGACUUCUCCCAUUUCGUUGUCGUCUGUGAACGCCUCCUGGACCAGGGCGAGGAGGACAAGGAACUUCUGCGCACUAUCAUUCCUCGCGUGACCCAUAUCCACGCAAGAAUCGGAACCACGCAAUCGUCACAAUGCCCAGACCCAACCAACGACGUGUUCACCGAGGAACGGCGGUUCUUUGAGAAUUCCUGGAAACAGAUUAUCCAGUCAAUUGUCCAACAGACGUCAUCUCCAGUGACUUUUGUCCCUGAAUACGGACCGUUUCCGUACCACCCCUUCGGCGCUGCUGCUAGUUACUCCGACGUUGCGGAUAGUGAAGGCCGUCGUCUUCAGACACUCUUCGAGACGUUUGCUAAAGAGGCGACCUCUGCAUGA